GUAGGAUGGAUAAGGUAAAGGAGAGCCCUUUUCAAGUUAGCAUUUGUUUUCUCGGAAGGGAAAGGAAAGGAAAAGAAAGGAAGCUAUUGCAGGUAGUUCUAGUGAGAAUGGCCAGUGCAACUUCGCUUUGGAGCCCUUUCCUCGGGUGUAGGCAACAGCUUUUGGCACCUGUGAUAGCGAUGCCAAAUUCAAGUCCAGCUUUUGUGAGAAUCGAAGCCAAAACCAGAACUAGACGCGACAACAGGAUUGCCCGCCAUGUUCGCAUCAGAAAGAAGGUUGAAGGAACUCCAGAGAGGCCUAGGUUAUCCGUCUUCCGAUCCAACAAGCAUCUCUAUGUCCAAGUGAUAGAUGACUCGAAGAUGCACACACUUGCUUCGGCUUCAACAAAGCAGAAACCCGUCUCUGAGGAAUUGGACUACAGUUCUGGUCCUACCUUGGAAGUAGCUAAAAAGGUGGGUGAAGUCAUUGCAAAAACCUGUUUAGAGAAAGGGAUAACUAAAGUUGCCUUUGACCGAGGUGGAUUCCCAUAUCAUGGACGUAUACAAGCUCUAGCAGAUGCAGCUCGGGAAAAUGGCCUUCAAUUCUAAUUUGUAGUUGGCUAGUUUCUUUCACACACAUGUUUGCUUUUGGGUUAACUUUCUGCCAGAAGAUGUAUCAAUGUUUGAAUGUGACAUUUGUAAUUGUUAGAAAUAUGCAACAUGAAAAGGCUUUCUGUUCUCUUAGUGAAUUCCUUUUAUCUGAAUUUGAUAUUCAAAUUGGACUUGA